GGAGGGAGUUUGUCGUGAUAGAGAACCUGCGAGUGCUACUAAGGAGGAGAGAGCGCGAGAGAGAGCGGGAAUACAAGCGAGUAACUGAGAGAUGGUGUGUGUGUGUGAGAGAGCCUUAGUUCGUCUGACUCUCGGAGCUGUAGACUGGACCAACCAUUUAGCCUUUGGAACGCUCACGGCGCACACACACGUAGACACACGCCACUGCCGCGUCACCCUUGCCGGCCGGUGAUGAGAGGGAGGAUACAGUCGUUUUGAGACAAAGGGGGAACUGCCUUUGAGAAGACUCAGCCUUUGGAUGUGUUGCAGGAGAAAAAUCGCCUGAUCCUUGAGUUGUCCAGCAACAGCCUGAAGGCAUCCAAAUAUGACCAGGUAAGGUCAGACUAUGAGCAGCUCGGACACACCUACAGUGCUGUGAGUUAGGAGAGAGACUUAGCCCAACAGGAGAGGAAACGGCUCCAAGGCAAACUGGAGAACCUCGAGCAGGUCCUCAAGCAUAUGCGAGAGGCUGCUGAGAGGAGGCAGCAGUUGGAUGAAGAGCAUGAGCAGGCCCUGGCUGCCCUCACCUCCAAGCAGCAGAAGAUCCACCUUCUGCAUAAGGCUCAGGUUGAAGCUGAGAGAGAGCAUGAGGGAGCGGUCCACCUGUUAGAGGACAAGGUUCGCGACCUGGAGCAGAAAUGCAGGUCACAGACUAAACGGUUUGGCCAUUUGUCCAAGAGCCUGGAAGAUUUCCGUCUGGAGGCGGAUACUGUGGACAUCUUCAGCACUGAUUCUUUCUCCAAACAAAAAACUCCCCUUUCCUUGGAAAAUAAACUCUCCCAAAUCCUCAACGGACUGGCAGUGAAGGCAGGGAAAGGCAAUGAGAGCUCGGCAAACACUCCGCUGAUAUCGAAGUUCCUCCGCCCGCUACAGAUCAGAGACAGGCCAGAGCUGCUAUCUGUCAAUCCCACCACCGUGACAACGAGCUGCCCCAGCAGCCCACAACGGGCGACCCCCUCAGAGAUGGAGGAUGAGGUCAGCCCUGCGCCCCGGUCCAAGCCUCGCUACACUGGCACGGUCCGUCUCUGCACCGCCCGCUACAGUUACAACCCUUACGAUGGGCCAAACGAGCACCCAGAGGCAGAGCUCCCCCUGGUGGCUGGGAAGUACCUGUACGUGUACGGCACCAUGGACGACGACGGUUUCUACCAAGGUGAGCUGCUGGACGGCCAGAGAGGGCUGGUCCCGUCCAACUUUGUGGAGUUUGUCCAAGACAAGGAGAAACCAUCCAUCCAACUAGGGGACGGAGAGGAGGACCUGGGCUCUCUGGACCAUAUCACCCAUGGCCUGAUGGGGGUGGAUGGAGGGGCCCCUCGGGAUGGGCUACUGGGUUCCAGCAACCCCCUGGGCCCCUGCAGCAACGGCACAGGGCCCCUGGACCCUGAGGAUCUGGUCGAUGACAUUGUGCCUUACCCCCGGAGGAUCACCCUGAUCAAGCAGUUGGCCCGUAGCGUCAUUGUGGCCUGGGAGCCCCCCAUGGUGCCCCUGGGAUGGGGAAAAAUCAGCUGCUACAACGUGCUGGUGGAUGGUGAGGUGCGUGCCAGCGUGCCCUACGGCGACAGGACCAAGUCGUUGUUGGAGAAGCUGGAUCUGGACACGUAUACGCACCGCGUGUCCGUGCAGAGUGUGACAGACAGGGGCCUGUCGGACGAGCUGCGCUGCACCCUGAUGGUGGGAGCCAACGUGGUGGUGGCGCCAUAUGGACUGCGGGUGGACGACAUCCUGCGUGACUCAGCCGAGCUCUCAUGGUUGCCCAGCAACAGUAACUAUGGGCACACAGUAUUCCUGGAUGGGGCGGAGCAUGCAGUGGUGAAGCCGGGGAGGUACAGGCUGCGCUUUGUUAACCUCAAGGCCAUGACGGUAUACAAGGUGAGGGUGGUGGCCCGGCCACACCAGGUACCAUGGCAACUGCUCAUGGAACAGAGGGAGAAGAAGGAGGCUGCUGUGGAGUUCUGUACACAAGCUGCUGGUCCAGGACCAUAUUCCAGAUCAGGCCCCCCAUUACCACCUCAGGAGGUGCAGGUGCAGUGUGGCCAGGCACCAGGGGUCCUGCAGGUGCGCUGGAAGCCCCCUAUCCUCUCACCCAGUGGAACCUCCAAUGGAGCCAGCGUCAUCGGAUACGCAGUCUGCACUAAAGGACAAAAGAUAGCGGAGGUGUUGUACCCUCUGGCUGACUAUGUGACAGUGGAGCUGAACAGGAUCCAGUGUCUGGAGGCCAGGGAGGUCAUCGUCAGGACGUUAUCAGCACAGGGAGAGUCCCAGGACUCCCACGUUGCCCCCAUUCCAAACAACCUACUGUUGCCGCCUCCUCACCCUGCCCCUGUGCCCCCUCAGCAACCACACGCAGGGCCCCCUCCACCUCACUCCCAUGCCCCCCCACCCCACCUCCAGUCACCUCACCUCCCCCACCCCCAACUACCCCCGCCUCACCUCCAGCCUCCCUCACCCCUGCCUCACAGACAACCCUUCCCUAACCACAGUCCUCAAACCCAGCCACAACUCCAACCCCUGCCCCCUCAUCUUGUUCCCCAGCCUCACCGACAGCCUCAACCCGCACACCCUGGUGGUCCUCCACAGCCCUUGCACCUCCAGCCUCAUCCUCCCCAUACAAUUCCCCAGCACCGCCUACCCCUGCUGCCCCACCCACCCCCGCUCCACCAGAGACCAGUAAGUGCCAGAGACCUGGAAGCCAAAGAGCAGGUGGUCCAGCAUGGGGGCGUCCCAAGCCAGCCCUGGGACCCUACCCGCUCCCCCUCCGCCCAGCCUCCUCCUGCCCCCAUGUACGGGCACACCCUGGAGGCGCCCCUUUUUGCGAACCACCGCUCGCCCUCCCCCCAGAGAAUCCUGCCACAGCCCAGGGGCACCCCUAUCCCAGACCAAAUGGCCAAAGCCAUCGCCCGCGAGGCAGCACAGAGGGUGGCUGCAGAGAGUGGCAGAAUGGAGAGGAGAGUCGUCUACAAUGAGCAGGGCCAGGCCUUCCACCAACAGAACUCAGAUGAGGAAGAGGAGGAUGAGGAAGGGUAUGGUCACGGCCUCAGGAGACAGGGGGCCUCAGUAGAUGAAUUCCUCAGAGGGUCCGAGCUGGGCAGGCCGGCCCACUACAGCCACAGUGAGGAGUACCACAGUGAGAGCAGCCGGGGCUCUGACCUUUCUGACAUCAUGGAAGAGGAUGAGGAGGAGCUCUACUCUGAAAUGCAGCUGGAGGAGGGACGACGACGCAACUCCCACAAUGCACUCAAGAUUGGGAACAACUCCUCUGGGGGUCGGCUGGAUCGGGAGACGGGGAGAAGAAUGCCACGGGACGGUCCGCAGCCCCAGAGACACCCUCUUAUGGUGCCCUCCAUUGAGAUAACCACAGAGAGUAACAGUGAUGGGAACCUCUCCCCCGUCACGGAAGAUGUUUACUAUGGCAGUGUAGUACGGCACGGCACGUGGUCGUCCCGCCGACGCCCCACAGGCACCAAGCCUUCCUAUAAUGAGGGAUACGGGGACAGGGAACGCCGCUCCCCUCCUAACUACGAUGAGUCAGAACCUGAAGAAACAUUCCGGAUCUUUGUGGCUCUGUUUGACUACGACCCCCUGUCCAUGUCUCCCAACCCGGACGCAGCAGAUGAGGAACUGCCCUUUAAAGAGGGCCAGAUCAUCAGGGUAUAUGGUGAUAAGGACACUGAUGGUUUCUACCGAGGGGAGAUCAGGGGAGGCAGGAUGGGGCUCCUGCCCUGCAACAUGGUGUCAGAGAUCAGGGCUGAAGAUGAGGAGACCAUGGACCAGCUCAUCAAGCAGGGCUUCCUCCCACUCAACACACCAGUGGAUAAAGUUGGAAUAGGGCAGGACAGACGAGGCCUCUGUCAGCAUCAGGCCACCAGGAGGAUGGUGGCCCUCUAUGAUUAUGACCCCAGAGAGAGCUCCCCCAACGUGGAUGUGGAGGCUGAGUUGACUUUCUGUGCUGGUGACAUCCUCGCUGUAUUUGGAGAGAUUGACGAAGACGGGUUCUACUAUGGUGAAAUCAAUGGCCACCGUGGCCUCGUCCCCUCCAACUUUCUGGAAGAAGUGCCUGACGACGUGGAGGUGUACCUGACGGACACUCCAUCCCGCUACGCCCAGGAUGAGCCCGCCAACCGGGCCGAGGCCAAAAGGGUAACCACGGAUACCACAGAGAGCACGGCCCCGCCUGUCCGAGCGGCAUCCCCCAUGGUGCGUCCCGUGUGUCCCCCAGGCACCAUGCGGCCCAUCAGCCCCACCAGGGGCCCCAGGGACCUCCGAGACAACAAAAAGAAAAAGGGACUGCUCUCCAAGGGGAAGAAACUGCUCAAGAAGCUCUCUCCGGUUAAAUAAACUGUUCCCAGCUGAGCCAAGUACUGUACAUCACAUACAGUACAUGCAAUCAAAUCAGCUGAUCGUACGCACACAACUACAAUUGCAACAUGUGUGUAUGUAUUACAGGACAAUAUAUGUGAGCCUAAUCUAAUAUAUUCAGUGAUACAUGUUCUAAUGAUUAAUACACAUACUUACAUGUACUUCGUGCCAAAUUCAAUGAGACCUUUGCUCACACAUACUGUAUAACUGUGAUGUAUUUGAGGUAGAGGGGAAAAAGGAGAACAAACUAGGAUUUUCAUGACAUGGAUUUUCAUUUCCACUGUUUUCUUUAAUCGAAUGGAGAUCAGGACGAUGCUGCUAAACCAUUUGUGUGCAUUUGUUUCAAGCAGGGUAACAACAGAGUAGCCUAUUUUUUUGUUUAUUACAAAUCUAACAUUUCUAGAUGGUUUCCAUAGCAAUUGUGCAAUUACAAGGUCUCUAACAGACAUGACGUGGCAAAAAACAUCAAUGUUGUGGCAGUGAGAUGUUGAUACCAGGAGAGACCAUACUCCUGGAACACUGGAGCAACAACUCAACUAUUGAUGGCAUUCUGUCAGUAAUGCUGGCUGCUAAUACAGAGGCUUUAUUCAGUGCAAUAUAUCACAGACAGGAUGGUGACAAAGGGUUGAAUCACUCACAGAACCUAGAAGUCUAUAGGGUAGUUGGACACAGGGCAUUACAGACAGGAGAAGGAGCUGCAUUGGAUAAUACAUUUGAACCAUCUCAGUGGCCUUUAUGAAAGCAAUUCUAGCAUGACUUUCCUCAUUUUCUAUGGUUGAACAAGGUUGUAUUUAGACUUACAAGUCUUUGCCAAGAACCCCUAGUGCAUCUCUGCAGCUUUGUUUGAUAGAAAUCUAAAAUGUAUGUUUGUUCGUUUCAUUGCUGUCCAACUGUCAUGAAACGCCUAGUUAAAGACAACCUUCUGUGUUUGCCUUCCAAUUGCACAAAGGUGUGUUUUGUCUGAUGAAUGGAAAAUAAGUACUUCUCUGUGUGUAUGGAUGUGUUGAGGGUGUGUGAGUUUGUGUGCUCAGUGUGCAUUCAUGUCUGUGCAUCCUUUAUUUAAAAAGAGGACAAGUAGUUGAGUCAUGUGAUCUUAGUGGUGUGCUGCUAACUACAUUGCCUGUGUAAUAUUCAGUUCUGUUGUCUGUCAAAGAGGGCCAUUUUCCCCGCUCAGCCAUUUCAGUAAAGACGUCUAGGUGUGCUCAAGAUUCUGCACCGUUUACUUGUUUACACUCUUCUAGAACUCGUGAGAACCUAUUUCUGAAGUCAAGGGAAAGGGAGGGAUGACCUACAUACUGUACCUACAACCUCUAAACCAGUAGUCAUGUGGCUUAUGGGAUAACUGAGUGCUAGGAUGCAUCCAGCUGAUCCAUUGACUGGAGAGGCUGUCAUAGCCUUUAGACAAACAUUGUCCUGUAUUUUGACACCUUUCAGGACCAUAUAUUAACCCAUUUUCAUAAACCAUGAUCCUAUUCUGUAAUAGUUUAACAUUACUUCCGUUGCUGUACAGCCACCGUUUGAUGGACAUGAUCAUAAUGGACAACAUGUCAAUCCAUGACUCAAAAUGACAGUGUUUUAUUCUGACAGGGUCCUCUAAAUUCCCAUCAGCUAAGAUAUCUGAGUCAAGCAUAAUACCCUGCUGUAUAAUGAUUACAGGGUUCUUUUAUGUUUAUUUUUAAAAAAAGAGAGAGAAAAUCAAAUGAUGGAUUGUCAAAAAGGAAUGUACGAAAUGUUCAGCGGGCAAUAUAGUACACAUGUUAUUAUUUGUCCAACGUUAUGCAUUAUGUUAUGCAUCCAUUUGUCAAAAGGUGUUAGUCAUAAUACCAAAUCCUUUAUUUGUAAAUGGGCGUAGUGUCUAUACUGUUGCUCUUUUGUACUUUUCUCCAUUUAUAGAUCAUUUCUAAAUGUUUAUACUUGAUUUUCAGACUGCCUUUUUUAGUGCAUUGAGAUGUAAUUCUUACUGUAAACAGUGCAAGCAUUCUCCAUGGUGUCCUCCAGAUAAGAUGUUUAAGUCUGCGGUUAUGUGCUUGCUCCGUGAAUCAAAGAUACAAACAAAAAAAAUGAAAUCAUUAUUUAUGGUGUGUGUGUGUGCAUGUGCAAAAAAAUUACAUUUUUUAAUCAAAAAUAAAUUUGAUAUUUUGUAGAA